GGGGAGGAAUAAGUCCUUUGCAUAUAAUAAAUGACGAUGACGAUGCGCAUGAUGAUAAUGGUGAUGGUGCUGAUGAUAAUCAUGACGAUGAAGGAGUUCAUGAUGAUCAUGAUGAUGCUAAUCAUGGCGAUAAUAAAUCUGAUGAUGAGGAUGGUAAUCAAGACGACGGCGACGACGACGAUUGACGAUGAUGAUGAUCAUGAUCAUGAUCACGAUGACGAUGAUGAUGAUGAUGAUGAUGAUGAUGAUGGACCAGAGAGAGGACAAGGAGGCAAGCUCGUCAACAAUGGAGGGUGGGGGGGGAGUGCUGUGCUCACGUCCGUGGAAAAGAUGACGGUGGCAGCAGCGGCGCUGGCUGUUGUCGUACGCUGUGAGGUGGAGAGAACGUCUGCUCGCAGGAAGGCGAAGCUUUUGAGGCGCAGUCAAAGGCUGCUCUUACAAAGAGUGGUUGACACCCCUGACUGCAUGGCGACUUCGGAGGCCGUUGUCCAGCUGUGUGCAGCACUGGGUUCCGAUGUGCUCCCUCGCGCGUCGCGAAAGAUGGUGGAUGAAACGGAGAACAGCAUUGGGUCGUCCAGGCGCCUGCGAGCAUCCACGGGAGCGCAUCGCUGGUGUGAAGAUCCUCCCGGCCCUGCUGCCAGCGUGCUGUUCGUCAGGUGGUUCUCCAUCUUCCUCGCCUUCUUCAACGACCGCCUAGUCUGUUUCCUCCCUGGAAUUCGCCCCAGGCAACACAAGUGGAACACGACAACCACCAGGAGCAGCACAGCAAUGAGCAGCAGUAGUGGCGGCCUGCGGUGCGGGUCAGCCAUGAAUGGCACUGAAGUGGAGACAGCACAGGCACGUAGCUUGUCGCAUCUGCAGACGGUGACGACACAGGGCAGCUUGAAACACGACAAGGAGAGCACAAUCGGUAUUUUCGACAAGUGCGACUGCAGGUGGCAGCAGAGGGAUCCCUGCCAGCAAAGCCCUGAGCUGAGUCUUGGUAGGAUACAGUGGCCACAUCUGCGGAAGGCGAAACAAGGAGAGUGUCACUUGACCCAGGAUGCGAACUAUGAGGUCCUUCUAAGUGACAACAUGGUCCCGGGCUGCAAUAAUGCAGCGACUGAGAGUACAUCAGGUGGCAGAGCACAAAGAGGCCCCUGCGUCAGGUUGACGAAGACAAUGAAGGACUUGGCAGGUGUCGAUUGGGUAGAGGUUAGGGCGCGAGAUCGGAUGCGAGAGAGUGGGCAGCCAUCUUCUCCAACGGGUCGGAAACCACCGCGAAAGAAAAGGAGCGAUCAAUGGUAUCCUGUGUGGGCAUGGUUGGAAUCGCGACCUCCUGAGCAAUCAAAAACGAUCCUGGCGUCCGACAUCGACGAAUGGCUUCUGAAUAAUCCAGAGAUAACGGAGGAACUCCUUAAACAACAUCCACGGAAGUAUCUGCACAAUUAUAUCAGGAAAUGCUUUCACGCCGUUCGGCGAAAAAGUGAAAACAAAUGUGGGGAGCCACCAAAGGCACCAGCAGCGCCUGUUUCACUUGGACUAGAUGCUAGGCGCACACAAGAGGCUAAGCAAGGGAAGCAGAUUGUUGUCUUGUCAUCGUCUUCGAACUCGUCAGGUGCGCCAGAACUCUGUGGCAUUGGUGACAGCAGCUUGCUGUUUAGUGAUGAUGCUCCCGGUGGGCGGUGCGAAGUCUCUGUGGAAUACGAUGGCGGUGGCGAUGGUGGUGGUGAUCCUGGCCCAAGUGUACGGAAGGGUAGGCAUGAGGGAGAUGAACUGGAACAGAAGAAAGCCAUUGGCUGUGCUGAGGAAAAGAACUACGAUGUCAUGGCAACGAUUAGUAGCGAGGAGCUCGAUGGGGACGAUGAGGCGGGAGAGGCCAGGGACGAAAGGAGGCCUGUAAGGAGAGGCAAGGAUCAAGGGCCGGAAAUGACACCAGUUAGCGGUCCAGGUAUGGGUAUGGAGAGUGGCUGCCAGGUGAAUGACACAGGCCAUCCUUUGAGGACGAAAACUGCACAAGAGGCACAAGGCGCGGAACAGCAGCCAUUGCUGGAUGGGUUGGAUGAGCCUGAAGAUGAUGUCAACCUCACAAUCAGAAGAGCGCACAUCGAACACCCUACAGGUGCUCUGGCAUUGAAGUGCAAAAAGAGGACAAAGCGGCUGAAGUCAGUAGUAAUCGAGAGUCAUACAUCUUCGCAUGCACCGGCCGGCAAGCUCAUGAAGAAAGAAUGGGUAUAUCUUGCUGUUAGGAAUGGCGCCUUCAGCAAUGGUUUUGCAUGGGUGGAGAAGACGAGCUGUGGUCACCCCAGGCCCAAUGAUCCGGAGUACAGGAGGUUCUGCCAAGCCAAAUUGGACAUGCUGGAAGAGCUUGUGUGGCCUUUGGAUGGGUGGCUUGUACGCGUUCGCCAGAGACUCGACAUAAAGCAGUAUGACGCAUACAUUGAGCAUAGAAAAGUUCAGAUGCGUUCAGCUAAAGAGAUUCAGCGGUACUUAGAGCAACACCCAGAAUGGUCACGGAAUGAAAACCAGUCGGGCGGACAGAAGAAUUUCGGGAAGUUAAAAUCCUUGGGACUGGAGGCCAGCGCUAUGAAGGACGGCCGGACCGAGGACAAGCACUGGAGAUAUACUCGCCGGAAAUUGGCUGCAGAAGAGGUCCCGGAUAAUCAAAUCCUCUGGAGCAAGGUCUAUUCUGAAAUCAAUCGCUACAAUUGUCUAGUUGCAUUGCACAUUCGCUUAAGACAGUACUUGGCAGAUUACCAAGCGAUGAAGAGAGCAGCAUUUCAGAAGAGCACGCAGCUGCGAGACUCAGAGAGUGCUGAUCUCAACCUUGUUCUAGAGCAUGAGACUCGCAGCUCGGUGUCUAUGGCAAUGAGUGGGGAUGAGGGAUACUCUAGGCCCCCCAAGCUCCGGAAACUGGGUCCUUGGCCCUCUGCUGAGGAAUGCUACAUGCACAGAGAUGAGGUGUCUUCAGUCCCCCCUGCUGUACUGCCUGAAGAGGCUGAUACUCCACUGCAGUCUAUGGAUGGUAAUAGGGCUGGAGAGAGGGAUGGAAAUAGGGAUAGGGUAGCAGAUGAGCCGACAGCUGCGCAAAGUCAGCGCAUUGAAACCACGAGAAGGUCGACGCGCUGGUUGAGGAUGCGCAUCGGUGGGAGAAGGGUUCCCAAUCUAACUGCACAGGCGGCGAGCUCACCCACGCCUGCGGCUGCCGGAACUGACUCCUGGAGGCCAUCGAUGACUGCUUGGGCAAUUUGCAAGGCAUCUGCAGAGCAUGAAUUUGGUCUGCAUGGAGCUGGAGUUAUCGAACAAGACGAGCUGGCUGCCACUCCGUCGGGGCCACGGAGGGAGAAAGAGAUGAAGGGAUACGGACCUGCUACGAAGGAUGGCAGAAAUGCUGGUGUCGGAGCAAAGGGUGCGGGAAGAGGCGGCUUCAGUGUGGACGCUCUUCGGAAUCGUAAAACUCGCCAAGAUGAAUAUAGAGUUUCCAGAAGCAAAGCACGUUGUCGUGCCUUGGAUUAUAUCUUCGAACGAGAGAUGAUCGGAAGCAUAGGUAGCUGGUCACACGAAGUUGGGCGAUCCAGGAAACGGUGGACGUCACUAUGCCAGGGCUGGCAUACUCUCGGCAAACCAUUUGCCGGGCCUGGAGUAUGGGUGAAGCGAAGAUCGCAUAAGUUGCUUCUACCAACAUGGUGUUCAUACACCUCGUCCGCAACGACUGUCCCAACGGCGUGGGGCUCUGCAAUUGAGCUCCAACCUGUACAAAAAGUUCUAGACCUGCGGUUUCAUCCUGGCGGUGCACCUCAGCUUGUUAGUGGCUGCAGUGCGGCACCCAACGAGCUGUUGUUGUUUAAUCUUGCCACAGGGCGAGUAACUGAGCUCGCAGGUCACAACUGCCUGGUCCAGGCUGUGGAGUACGUUCCAUCCGGUGAUCGCAUCGUUUCUUGCGGUGGUAACGUGCUCAAGGUCUGGGACUCUGCAACAGGAGAGUGCUUGCAUACUAUGGGACCGGGACCCGCAACCGAUGGUGAUGAAGGGCCUCCGGGGCAUAUUAAGAACAUCUCGGCAUUGACAGUAAACUCUUUUCAAGGAAACCUGCUUGUUAGCAGCGGGGAAGUGGGAGACACACGCUUGUUGCUGUGGAAUAUAGCGUCGGGAGAGCUCAUAAGUGACCUGAAUGCAUCUCUCCGAGAGAGAAAUUCUGUAAUUCCUCAGGUUGAUGCACUGCAGUUUGCGACACCGGCGACUCUCGUUUGCGGAAGCGACUCAGGACAAGGACAGCCAGCACAAGUUCAAUUGUGGGACAUUGAAACGCAGUCAGAGCAUAUUACGAUUCAUGCCCAUGACUCGGACUGUGAGGUCACGUCAGUAUCUUUCAGCCCGUGCGGUGUAUAUUUCCAGGCGUCAUGCAGCUCGAACUUCGCUCUCAUAUUUGACAUGCGAAUGAUGCCGUUGAAUCCUGAUCCGCAAUGGAAUCCGCUCGGCCGUCCUAUGAUUCCGGCUACUCAAGCUCAGCGCCAUCUGAGGCCCCUGCACUGUUUGAGCCAUGGAAAACCUAUGCCCACUGUGCAGAACGCCGGCCAGAUGCCAGGCGUCGCUGUGUGGGAUGUGUCCUUGGGAGAGCCAUGCGUAAAGACAAUUGCAAGCCAUACUCGAUCGGCGAAUGCAAUUGCGAUUACUUCGGACGAUCUGAUUUUUGCAAGUGGCGGCGACGACCAAAAAGUGGUGCUAUAUCAGGAUUUCAAGAACCCGAAGAGAGCUCCUUGGCGACUAUCGCUGCCUGUAAUGCCACCGCCAUUGCGCGAGCUUGCACUUGAUCCAUGAUUUAUUCAAUUCUUGACUUUGGCCACCAAAUUUGGUGACUGCAAUACCCUGUCCUCCCCCUGCAUUAGAGCAACCCUCUCUCUCUCUCUCUCUCUCACACACACACACGCACACACACACACACACACACACACGCACACACACCUCGGAAACUUGCAACUGGAGCGGGAAACGGGAAGAUGGAUGCGGGCAGUCCCUGUGUAGAAGUUGUUACGUUAAAGAAAAUGGACUUUGGCCGUCACAGCAUAGAAGGUGUUGACAUUUUGGUUGGUGACAUGUGAAAAACUUUUCGGCUUUUUCGAAGACUCUUGGCUAUAUAUCGUCGAAUAGUAAACUUUCGUAACGGCCGGGUGCAGGUUGAUGAAUGAAUCGGUGUAGGUGAAAGUGCUUGUUCAUUCACCUCUCUCUGUUCUUUUUCGCUUUUUCUUUGGUGCGAAUCCGUGUUAAGCAAACUGGCUUGUUGGCACUUCCUCCUCAAUCACACAGACACAGGCAUUGAGAAAAUUCUCCAGGUGGAAUGGCUUUGGGUUUCAUGUUGUGAGCAUGUUGACCCAUGAGAGGGACACAUCUUGAGCCCACACAAUAAAUCCAAGAACUGCGAUACUUAUCCCUGUGUCAAACUUAUAGGGGUCUGGCUCAAGUUUAUGUUGAUUUGAUUACCUCACAACUCACACGCMCCCACYCCCCCCMCCCACCCGCCAGUGCAUGCACAGACCGUGAAGAAACUUGCCCAAUGCACUGGCGAUCUCAGGGGCCAUGCUAAUCUUCUUUUUUUGCCCAGUGCCGCAUUAGAGUAACAUAGAGACGAUUUCGGGCAAAAGAAAUUCCCAUGGUGUGACGGGCGUCGGGCGGUGUGUGCAAGGCCUGAGUACGUAUUCACCGCGGCAUGCUGAUGCGCGAGUACUAGCGAUUCCGACUUCAUGUUCUCGAGUUGCAGAGAACAAUCCAUGAUGGGAGAGGCCACUCGGGAGAGAGAGAAUGUGAAAGCAAGUAGACAAUGGAUCAGAGAGUGAGCAGCUGUAAUGGCCAUCAUCUUGGUCUGAGGGGCGAUUACGUAUGGCACUGGCUCUUUUCUUUUCUUUUCUUUUCUUUUCUUUUCUUUUCUUUUCUUUUCUUUUCUUCGAGCCUGAAUCGGAGUAAGAUAGAGUCCUUUUAAAUCUGUCAAAGGUUCACAAACCACCUGAUGAACGGCUACUAUGUGAUCAGCAUUCUGUGUGCUCGAUUACGAUGGUAUCGCCCAUGCAAGUUUUUGUUUUCAUGCGGACGAUGACAGUGAACAUUGCACUCAUGUAUGACACCCUGACAGGGCUUGUUCUGUGUGCAGACAGGGGCUAGAACAGCAGUGUGCCUAAUCAAUUGUAACCACCGUG